AUGUCUACGACCGAUGGAGUCUUGCACCAGCAACCAACAUCUACCACCACUGAAUCCUCUAACAUACCAACCUUCCGCCUCAUAUCCCUGAUCCUUGGCCUCUGCAUCGGCCUCUUCCUCUCCCUCCUCGACACCUCAAUAGUAGCAACAGCCCUCUACAGCAUCGGCACCUCCUUCUCUGCCCCUCACACCUCCACUUGGGUGGCUCUCUCCUACACCCUCUCCUACCUCGGUUUCGCAACUUUGAUGCAGUUGGUGGGGUUGAGAGCGGUGCAGGGGGUUGGUGGCAGUGGGUUGUAUUCCUUGACGAUGAUUGUGUUGCCGGAGAUUGUGAGUGAAGGUAAGAGGAAGUGGAUUGGUGCUGUUGUUGGAGCGGUUGUUGCUGUGGCGGGGGUGAUGGGGCCGGUGGUGGGAGGAGUGAUGACAAAGUUUGCGAGUUGGAGGUGGGUGUUUUGGAUCAAUGGUCCUGUUGGUGUUGUUGCGGUGGUGCUGUUCCUGCUCACUUGGCCUAAGCAGAGUAUGAUGAAGCAACCUGUUCGUCGCUCCUGGAGACAGCUGGAUCUUUUGGGCUUCUUCCUCCUCAUUGCGGCCUCGGUUCUUGUAGUCUUCGCCUUCCAGCGAGCCGGCCUCAGGGCAAACUCCUGGGACACUGCUCUAUUCCUCGCACCACUGCUGGUAGGAUGCCUGUGUUGUCUACCCCUCCACUUCCAAAUCGUCAACGGAAGCAGUCCUCUCAUGGCAGGGGUAGCCUUGCUACCUCUAUUGAUGUCAGCAGCUGUAGGCAGUAUGCUAGGCGGCCUUAGCACCAAUCACUCUUUUCCCGCCUUGGCCAUUGCAAACAGCUUGAUGGCAGUGGGGACAGGUCUCUUAACCACGCUCUCAAGCCACCAUGGUAUUCAAGUCAGAACCUAUGCCUUUAAAGUGCCAUUGGGCUUGGGGAUGGGUUUGUCUAUCUCGACCUCGACAUUGUUGGCUGCUUUGCGGUGUGAAGGUCGAGAUAUGGCUAUUGCGCAAGGUAUCGUUGCGCAAGCUAGAGUGCUGGGAGGUAGUAUUGGGAUUGCGGCUUCGUCUGCUGUUGUGGGUGGUAUUACUGUCAAGGGUGGGAGAGAGGGGCAGGUGGGUGACGAGAGGAUGGUUUAUGCAAAGGCUUUUUCGAAGACGAUGUGGGUUUGUGCUGUUGUUGCUUGUAUUGCUUUGAUCAUUUCGACAUCACAGGCGUUUGCGGAGGUAGAGAAUGAUGCACCGAUGAGGGAGGAGAUUGUGAUGGAAAAGGCAGUGUGA